CCAAGAUUUGAUUUGCUGAGCUGUAAACAUUAUCAUGUUCUAGUAAGAUAAUUUACAGUUAACCGCUGUGUUGAUGAUGUAAAUUGUUCCCUGUAAAAUGUUUCUAAAGCUGACUUUUCUAACAUUGCCCCUUCGUCAGAGCUAAGAGACAUGUCACAGCAGUCUGAUCCGUACGCUUUCAGCCCUACGGGGACCGUUACCCGAGUCAACUUAACGUUUCGUGUUUCAGGACUGUUUGAUUUCUUUGAUUGCUGAUCUAAAAUGCUUCUCUAACUUGAUUCUAAAUUACACAAAAGAGUAUCGUUUAAAAAUACUAAAUGUUCGUUUGCUAAAGUAUUUUUGCCCCCCAAAUUUUCUACAAGCUUCUUCAGUUCAGAUUUAAGUGUAAACGUUUGUUUUCAUGGCAGGUCAAAAGAAAAACAGUGCCCAGUAAAAUGGAUUUAAACUCAUGGAACAUCUUCUGGGAUAUAUGUUUUGGUGUAUUGGGGACUUUGAUCAUUGUAGGAAAUAUUCUCACCAUCUGGAUAUUCUUCAAACAGAGACGCCAAAAACGCUCUUACUCACUUCUCAUAAGCUUGGCAGUUGCUGAUUUGCUGGUGGGAAUUUUUGCUGUCCCUUUUUAUAUAAAAACAGUUGUAUCACAGGAAUAUACAUGGUACGUUAUUUCCAUGGGUGUUGACGUUUUCACUGGCACAACGUCCAUCUACACUCUUGCGGUCAUUUCCUUGGAAAGAAUGUACGCCGUCGGUUGGCCUGUUCGUCACAGAACUCUGAACUAUCGUGUUUACGUCUGCGCUAUUAGCAUACCGUGGAUCAUAGCGGCAAUAUUUACUACUUUAGUGGUGUUACGGAUACUUAAUAUGAUAGGGAGGGAGCAUUUCUUUUAUUGUCUUGUUUUAAUUCCUGGAAUCCCUCUAAUAACUGUAUGUGUAGCAAACUUUGUUAUUUGGAAGAAGCAGAAAACGCCAUUUCGCGACCAGAAUCAUAUCAAAAGAGAAGUGAAAUUGGCGAAGACACUAGUUCUCAUAACAGGAACAUCGCUUUUUACCUGGCUUCCUUUUCAAAUUCUAAAUAUUUUGUUUGAAUUGAAAGUCACACAAAAUUUUCACCUUUUUGAAUUAACUGUAUUUAUCAUCAAAUUUUUACAGUUUAGCAAUUCACUUGUGAACGUGAUAAUUUAUCCGUUCAGGAUGCCAGAAUUUAGGCGCACUUUAUUCCAGAUACUUAAUUUCUGUGUAAUUCCCUUUGGAAGAUUCAGCAUUGCGGUAUCUCCAUCAGCUGGGACCGGGUCAUUUUCGCAAUCAAACGUUCACCAGGAAAGUUCGCUUUAGAGUCUAAAUCCACUCAGGCACAUAGACAUUCCUACAAUGGAUGAGGAAUAUAAAAUGUAUUUUACAAAAAUAUGCAAAUAUGCUGAAAAUGAAUGUGUGCCAAAUUUUUAAUUAAAAUUUAAAUUUUUAGAAAAUUUGAGGAAACCCCCCACACUCAAAAGUACGAGAAUACGCAUUGAAGAAAAAACAAAAAGUCAGUGAAGAGGGAAGAAAGCCAAACGACAAUUCUUGUCGAGGAAAACCAAAGAAGCAUCGAGAGCACGAAAGAUGCGUAAGA